AUGAAUCGUAAUAAUAUGGUACGAGGCGCCGGUCGUGGAGGCAGAGGGAUGCCUGGACGCGGUGGAAUGGGCCGACCGCCCUUCAACAGGCCACGUGUGCUGAUGCUGAGGCCUCCAUUCGAUUUAAUCCUCGCAGAACCCGCUUUCCCUCGUUGUAAACCCGCACCUGACGAUUCCGCUUUGACACAGGCACUUCUCAAAAGACACACAGAACUUUGCCCUACUCCAACGGAACAAGCAGCUGUGCUUAGCCUCGUUACAAAGCUCCAAACAGUAUUGGACAAUUUGGUAGUUGCACCUGGGGAUUUUGCAGCUUGCCAAUUGGAGGAGGUUCGUCAAGUCGGUUCUUACAAAAAAGGAACAAUGAUGGCGGGCAAAAAUGUCGCCGAUAUAGUGGUCAUCAUGAAGACCUUGCCCACUAAAGAGGCUGUGGAGGGGCUGUCAAAUAAAGUUAACGAAGAGCUCAAUAAGCUCAUGCGAGCCGAGGGUCUGGCGCCGGUGACUUGCCAGUGUAACGAGCGUGGCUUCACCGUGACCGCAGUCGCUGCUGUCAGAGUUCUGGUCACCACGCUGCACCAGAAUCUCCGUAAAUUGGAACCUGAGGUUCAUUUGGACUACAAAGUGAUCAGUAGCCACCUGGCAGCCAUAAGACACAGCCGUUGGUUCGAGGAGAAUGCUCACCAUUCCUCUAUCAAGGUACUAAUCCGCCUGUUACGCGACAUGUGCGCGCGUCACGCGGGUCUCGAACCCCUGACCCCCUGGAUGAUAGACCUCCUGGCGCACCACUGCAUCAUGAACAACCCGGCCCGCCAGGCUCUGCCCAUCAAUGUAGCCUUCAGACGCGCGCUGUCGCUGCUGGCGGGCGGGCUGUUCCUGCCGGGCUGCGCGGGGCUGCCGGACCCCUGCGAGGCGGCGCACUCGCGCGCGCACACCGCCCUGGACCUGGCCGCCCAGGACCACGCCGCCGCCACCGCCCAGACUCUCCUUCGUGUGGUGGCCCGAGGAGGACAUCGGUACGUGUUGGGACUGCAGGCCUUCGAGGGUGGCAAGGACAUCUCCACUGAGAUCACCGUGUGGGACGGUGUCGUGGUGUCUCCACUGGCCCCUGCUUACAGCGAUGCCCCCGAGCCCAUGGACACUGAUGAUAAAGAUGACGAAGGAGUACAAGACGGAGUCGCCGCUUAGGUUUAGUUAUUAAGGAACCUUAUAUUAAAAUUUGUAAUAAUAAAUUUAUAAUUUAAGUACA